CAAUCCAUUCGUCUCGUCUCUCCGAUUCCGCCGUCGAAUUCCGGAAUUCCCUUUGGCAAGCUCAGCGAAGGCUCCAUUUGUGUUUCGCAAUUCAAAAAAGGAAACAUCAGGAUGAGCAUAGCUGAGGGACAUUUUCGAGGCAUGAAGGAGUUACUCUCCUCGAUGGAACCGGAGACUGACGCAAAUGACGUGAAGGAGCUGAAACAAAGGACGCAUAUGCUUUGUGCGAGAUUUCUUGGUGGAGCAUGGAAAACUGUGCCAUUGGACCAUCUCCGAAUAAGCAGAAUAAAAGGUGGCAUGAGCAAUAUGCUUUUCCUAUGUCGGCUAUCAGAAUCACAUCGUCCUAUACGCAAUGAGCCCGACAAGGUUUUGCUACGAGUAUACUUCAACCCAGAAACUGAGAGCCAUUUGGUAGCCGAGUCGGUCAUAUUUACGUUACUCUCAGAACGUCACCUUGGACCGAAGCUUUAUGGAAUUUUUAGCGGAGGUCGCUUAGAAGAAUAUAUUCCUUCUCGCCCGUUGACUUGUCGAGAGAUCGCAUUGCCAACAAUGUCGUCAAAAAUCGCUAAGCGAUUAUCCAAAGUUCACCAGUUGGAAGUUCCCAUAUGGAAGGAACCUGACUAUCUCUGUGAUGCCUUGAACCGAUGGCUCUGUCAGCUAAUGAGUACGCCACACGGAGAAAACACCAUCACUCUUCCAAGUAAAUAUUCACAAUGGGCACCGGCCCAACUCACUUGCGACCACAUUGCUAGGGAGCUCGACUUUUUGCGGACAAUGAUAAGCAAGAGCAAGAGCCCUGUCACUUUCUGCCACAAUGAUCUCCAGGAAGGAAACAUCCUUCUUCCCAAAGGCUCAUCUGGAAAUAUUAGGCUACCUUCGUUAAGCGAUGAUUCGCCUGGUGGUCUCAGUCUAACCGCUUUUAACCCAGCUGAUCCUCGAUUAGUUCUAAUAGAUUUUGAAUAUGCUAGUUACAAUUACAGGGGAUUCGACUUUGCAAAUCACUUUGUUGAAUAUUCCAUAGAUUACGAUGUUCACGAACCUCCUUACUAUAAAAUAUAUCCAGAGAAUUUUCCAGAAGAACAUCAGUUAGUUGAAUUUUUCGUAAACUAUCUUCGAGAAUUUGGACAAACUCCUGAAAACAAGCUUGAAGAAAAAGCGGAGGAACUUGUUAAGGAAACGCUUCCCUUCGUUCCCGUUUCGCACUUUUUCUGGGGAGUUUGGGGUCUGCUACAAGUAGAAUUGUCUCCGGUCGGAUUUGGGUUUGCGGAAUACGGGCGUGACAGAUUAGGACUAUACUUUCAACAUCGUCAUCUACUGGACAUGUUUGACUCUGACCAAAAUGUGCAAUAAUAAUAGUUUGAUCUGGCAAAUCUCGGUGCAAUAAACAUGAGCAUUGUCAGAGC